CCUACUAAAGUUACACCAUAAUUGCCGAAACAAAAUUGGCCGGUUCAACGAACUCAUAACGUACUACAAAAUGUAACGAAAUCGAAUCAAAAUCAAAAUCAAAUCACAACAACAAAACCUAAAACCAGAGGAGAACGGAACGGGUUCUCUUCAUCUUCCUCACCCGUUCUCCUCUUUUGAAAUCGUGAUCGAUCGAUCGAUCUCAGGUUAUUGUUGUGAUUGGAAAACUCGUUUUCGGUUUGUUGAUGAAUCCAAUUGUUGCCGAAUCGGAUUGGCUAGUAAACGUAGCCGAUUCUUCGGGUUUCGGGGUUUCUUUCAGGGUGGCUAGGUUUGAAUCGAAUUUGGAAAAUGGAUUCGUCUCAAGGUUCGAAGCUGGCUGGUUUGGUGCAGAAUGCGUCCAUUAAGAGGGAUGAAUCUAGUUUGGAUCGUGUUCCUGUUUAUGUUAAGGAGUUGAUUGCUGGUGGAUUUGCCGGUGCGCUUGCUAAGAGCUCUGUUGCACCUCUAGAACGGGUCAAGAUACUCUGGCAGACUAGGUCGGGAGGAUUCCAUAAUCUUGGUGUUUACCAAUCUAUGAAUAAGUUGCUAAAACAUGAAGGGUUUCUAGGAUUAUAUAAAGGAAAUGGAGCUAGUGUUAUCCGGAUUGUUCCAUAUGCAGCCUUACACUUUAUGACAUAUGAGCGGUAUAAAAGUUGGAUCCUUAACAAUUACCCCAUUUUAGGAACGGGUCCUUCUAUUGAUCUUUUAGCUGGCUCAGCAGCAGGGGGAACUUCAGUUUUAUGUACAUACCCCUUAGAUCUCGCCCGUACCAAACUUGCUUAUCAGUUGGUGGACACAAAAGUAUGUAUCAAAGAUGGUAUUAAAGGGGUUCACUCUCAAUCUAUCGGUCCUGUUCAUAAUGGGAUUAAAGGUGUACUUACGAGUGCUUAUAAGGAAGCUGGAGUUCGUGGACUUUAUAGAGGUGUAGGUCCAACGCUCACUGGAAUUCUUCCAUAUGCUGGUUUGAAGUUCUAUACUUAUGAGAAAUUGAAGAUGCAUGUUCCUGAAGAACAUCAGAAGUCCAUUUUGAUGCGCCUUUCUUGUGGAGCUCUUGCUGGAUUGUUUGGGCAGACUUUAACGUACCCUUUGGACGUUGUUAAGCGACAAAUGCAGGUUGGAAGCUUGCAAAGUGCAGCUAACGGAGAUGCCAGAUACAAGAAUACAUUAGAUGGACUUAGGAAGAUCGUUCGUAAUCAAGGGUGGAGGCAGUUGUUUGCAGGCGUGAGCAUUAACUACAUAAGGAUUGUUCCUUCGGCUGCUAUCAGCUUCACCGCAUAUGACAUGAUGAAGACAUGGCUUGAUGUACCACCCCAACAAAGGUCUAAAUCAGUUUCAGCAGGAUAAUUUAGGUGCUUGCUCGUGAUGGCAAGAAUUUACCAUUACUGACCUCAUGGGCCUGUUUGGAUUGACUUAUUUGAGCUUAUCUACUGACAUAAGUUUUGUGACACUAUUUGGGAGACUUGAUCAAAACAGCUUAUGACUAUUUUUUAAAACUUUUUUUAGCUUAUUUUUAUAAGUUCUUCAAAAUAACUUAUGAGAACAACUUAUAACACAAAAACCUUUUAAAUUUAUUUUAUUUUUUGCUAUAAAAAUGACUUAUAUAAGCUUAUUCACAAGUGCUUAUUUUUGUAAGCACUUGUGCUAUAAGAUGUAAAUAAGUUGUUUAUCCAAAACAGACCCAUGUCUCCUAUAGAAAUUAUCAGUGCAUAUGACUUGUACAGAUUACUAUUGUUUAGAGGAACCAUUGGGAAUCAAUACUGUAGUUUGAUUAUGACAUUAUCGCAGAAUUCCUACGUCUUGCUACUUCAUUAUUUCUUGAACCCUGUGACUGUAACUUGUAGAUUUGUUAGAAACUAUGGAUGCAAAAAAGCUUGUUAACAUUAUGCAUGAACAUAUAUUCUAGUUUAAUAAAGUCGACUGCAAAUUCUAGCUCAA